AUUCUCCGAUCCUUCCACGCGGCUCACAACAUGAUCCUGCAGGAAGAGGGGAUGUUGACGACUCUGACGGCUGCGGUAGUGCUGCCUCUGGUUACUACCAACAGGUACGUUGUAUGUGCCUGUAACGUUGGAGACAGCUUGGCAUACGUCUACAGUCCAAAGUAUGGUGUACGUGAGAUCACACAGGGCUCACAUGAUCUCCAUCGAAUGCGUGAUAUGCGUGACGCCCUCGGGGCAUUGGGUCCUGUUGACGGCCAGAAUCCCGAGUUGGGUAACUUGACUUGCUCAAUGACCGAAGUAGAACCUGGAGAUAUAAUAUUCUUGACAUCGGACGGAGUUUCAGACAACUUGGAUCCUGUUGUCGGUAAAUUCACCGGUCUCCCGACAGUUGAAGCUCACCAGCGCCAUAAACUCACAUUGCUCAGAACUGAAGACCUUCUGAGGAACGGAGUGUCAGGUGAUGGUCCUGCCGUUUCAACAGCACAGGACGUCGUCAUGUUGUUGAUGGACUUUGUCACUCGGCUGACAGCAGCCAAACGAAGAAUCCUAGAGGAUGUGGAACUCUACCAAGAGGCUGGAGGAGGGCCUCUGUCCAAAGGUGAACAACGAGCACGCCGCAAAGAUGUUUGUGCCAAAUUAGCUAUGGUCCCCGGAAAAUUGGAUCAUGCUACUGUAGUCGCAUACACCGUUGGGAAUUCUCACACAUGAUUAUUUUAAACCUUUGCAUUGCUACAUAUAUGUUUGUAUUUAUUUGAAUUUUUGCUUUAACUUUUCACUUCUGGAGUGUAAAUUAGUUUACAGUGCCUAGAUUACUAAUGAGCUAUUGCAGUUAAGUCUAUAACAUUUUUAAUUAUUCAUCACAAUUAUGAAUAGAAUUUAAAAUUACCAUUGUUAUAACAUACAUUAAAGCGCUUCUUUGUUGCAUUAAUUCAUUAUUCAUUGUGUGAUACUAAUGCAAUACAUAUACUCACCUUCUUUUGUUCAUUUUCAUGAUUAUUUAGUACGGUAGGAUAUAAUAUUUUAAGCGUAAUAUAAUGUAACAUUGUAAAUAAAAUCAGAGUAGGUAUUGCUUUGUAAAUGUUUGUUUAUACUUUAUUUAUCAAAUAGAUAGGGACAAUCAGUCAAAAUGUGCAAUUGAUAACAUCACAGAGAUGUCUAAACUAUUUUGCUAAGGAAUGGUUCGAUUUGUUUUUCAGAGGUAUAACUUCUAGUCAUAAGGUUGAUUACGAUGGAUAAGCUGUUGUAAGUUACACUUUAUCUCAAGUUUAGAUUUACUGUUCACAAAGUUAUCGUAUUAUGAUAACACUAAGUACAUACCACUUGAAACAGUGACACACGUUACAAGUACCAAGUUUAGCAAGUAAUCAAAAUUAUUAUUAUUAAAAACGUUUCUGCGUACAUUCCUGUAUGAUUAUAUUGUAACUUUUUACUAGUGUCAUGAUGAAAUGAUUAUGUAAAAUAAUAAGACAACUUGUUUUUAAUUCAGUUUGGGGCCUUAUUUUAAAUUUGUGAGCAUCUAAAAGAUGAUUAUAUGAAAUAUAACUUUGAACCUAUAAAUCAAUUGCAGUUGUGAGAAAUUUUGAAAGCUUUAGUUUAACCUGUUUUACUUAACUAUUAUCGUCAACAAUGUGGCUAGUUUGACUAGGAAUUUCUGGUUGUGUGUUCAUGAUGGUCCUUCCCGCCUUGAUUUUAGUCUGUCCGUCUAUUCCACUCUGAAACAUGUGCUAAACAGGUUUAAUCUUCAUUCUAUUAGAUAAGCAUCCCUCAUAAUUCUACAGCUCAAUAGAAGUCCCAUUGUUCUUUUGGGUGAAACUCUGUUUGUUUCACUACAGCUGGUUCUCAAUGUUUUAUGUUGAUUGUUUUACGAACACACUGUGAAUACUGUUGGUGAUAAGUAAUGUGCCUUGUUGAAGUGUACAACACUUAUUCUGUAAUUCACUUCAGUAACGUACAUUACAUAUCCAUUUUCUUUAUUAAUAUUGUAAUAUUGAUCGGGAGAGAAAACAAUCUUUUAUUUAGUACUAUUCUUGAUAGUACAGAGGAAAAGCUCUUUUAAGCGGAAAAUAACUUAAGGUUAAAGUUUGUAUCAUUGGCAGUUAUGCAGCAGAAUAAUUAUGUUUAGUGAUGUCAAACAUCUCAGUUUGUGUCUAAGAAUUCAAAUUUAUAAUAAUUAUUUAUACUUUCAAUGUAUAAAUCCUAAAUUCUUUUAUCAUUAUCGUAACAGACAUUACAGUUAGUAGUAAAAAAAAGCAAAAGUAAAGUUACUGUAAAUGUUAUACUAAGAUAUGGUUAGUAUUAACUGCUGUAGUUGGAGGGUAGAGCAAUUUAUGAUUGUUUAUCCAUAAUAUAAAUUUCCUGCAGAAUAUGUGUUAACUCAUUCCUGGAUGUUAAUUUUAAACAUUAUAAAAUAUAUUUUAAUAUUUUUCCGAAAAUUACUUGCAUUUUAUUUAAGACUGGAUUGACCACAUGUGUCAAAGCAUUUUGUAUUUACCUUACAAAGGUAAGGUUGGUUUAAUGUCCUGUAUUCAAUAAUUUUUAACCCAGUGUUAGUCGUGCACAAUCUCAGACUUGGAAGAAUCCUUGGAAAACACCGGCAAAAUAAGUAGUUUUACACAAAAAUUAUGGAAAAGGAACGUAAUAUCAUUAUAAAUCUUAAAAUACUGAAUAAAAUUGUUUAAGUGUAUUUAAAACUUAACUUUUAACACUGUUGAUAAAUUACAACACUAAUUUUAGUCAAACAAUUAAAGUAAAAUGUUUAAUUAGAGAAGUUUAGAAGGAAUGAAAUUAGUAGCAAACAUAGGUAGCUCACCAGAUCAGGACUCUACGUUCUGAUGAUUUGUUAAAGCUCUGUUUUAUUUUAUUUAGUGAGUUCUAAAUCUCUACUAGAUUGAAAUAUAGGUUUGCAAUCCUUAAAAAAGUGUUGUGAACAUUUUUCAGCGCACGUAGUGAGAGUGUGCAUGACUAACACUGGGUUAACCAAAUUAUUGGAGUCUUCAGUGCCCUUGAGAUAGAGUCCCACUGGUCAAUAAAUAUGUGGACUCAGAAGUUGACAGUAAACAGUAACGUAGUGUCUUGGUUCCAUUCAUAUCAGAAUGUAUUGUGUAAACCUAGGAUAGAUUCUCAUUCUCCGUACGACUGGUGUGCAGAGUUUAUACAUCUCUCGGUGAACAGAGCUUAAGAUUUUCACAUUAAGAUUUUAUUACAUCGACUUUCCACACUUCAUCUUACGAGAAUUCUUUUUUACAUUCCAAAUAUCUAUAACAUUUAUUAUAGUUAAAAGUUUUUCAGCGUGGUAUAUUUCAUUAAGUAUCAAAAUACCAACAUGUAAUUAUUACUAGAAGUGAAAACUUAAAAAUACCCAGAAUAUAGAUAAAGUAGAGAUUGCGUGAUUCUAAGUUUUGUGCAAUUGACAUUUAUUUAUUUUAUAUGUGCAAUAAACUGCAACCAAACCGUACAUUAUACUAGUUCUAGAUUAUUAGCAUAUUAAACCAACUUCGAUGUAGAUAGUUAUUGUAGUCUAGUUUUUGUAGUAAAAGAGAUAGAAGCUACAUAGCAUAUAUGGAGUUUUAUUUAUUUUUUUAUAUAAAUUGAUUUAAAGCUAUGUAAUUUUGAUCUUUUGUUAAAGACAGUGAUCACAAAAUAAUAUUCCUAUUUGAAAUAAAAAUGUAAAGCUCCUGCUAUUAGUAAAAUGAAAUUCUCCUUAAAGAUAAAUUGGUCAAUUUUAUGUCUAUUGGUAAAAUAAAAUUCUCCUUAAAGAUAAAUUGAUCAAUUUUAUGUCUAUUGGUAAAAUGAAAUUCUCCUUAAAGAUAAAUUGGUCAAUUUUAUGUCUAUUGGUAAAAUGAAAUUCUCUUUAGAGAUAAAUUAAUCAACUUUAUUUAUUCCAUUAAAAUUUAAAAAUAUUAUAUGUUAUUACUGUCUAAUGUCACAGUAGGCUAUAGUUUGUAAUACGUGUUUUUUGUAGUAAAUGAAUAUUUCUACAUAGUAUACAUAUGGAGAUUUAAAGAUUUUAUAACUAAAUAAGUUUAAUGUGAGGCAAAGAACGACAUAGAAACAACUGCUUUAACAAAGUGAAUAUACUAAAACAUUCAUUAAUAAUAUGUUCCUCUGAAAUUUAAAAAAAACGUUGAUUGAUAUUUAUAAUACUCAAUAUCUGAAAUUUAAUUAUGUCCAGGAAUAUAUAGCUAUAUUUUAACAUUACAUUUGUGGACAUUGAAACAGAAUUUCAUAUCUCCACAUAGUUACUUAGUUUGUGUUUAUGUGUAGCUUGUGGAAUAAAUAUAUUUUAAAUGUAUUAUUAUAAAAGGAAUAAUGAGUCCAGUUAGUGUUAUUUGUUGAGAUGUUGUGCUAGACUUAAUGUUAUUUAUCGUUUUGUUUUAAGUUUCAAAAGAUUUCUUUUAUGUUUUGUUGCUUGUUAUAUUUGAGUGCAAGAGAAAUAUUUAAUCUUUCCUGUACGUAGACAACGAAAGCGCACAGUCUUGUUAAUGAUACAAAUUGUUUGGUGCUAUUAUCUCAAAUUGCUGCCUGUCUUUCUAAUUUUAGUUGUAAAGUAUUAACACUAAUGUUAUUUUUGUAGUAUCAUAAGGAUAUUGUUGAUAGAAUGUUUUGUAACAGAUUAUUAAAAUGUUGGCAGCUAAAUAGGGUAGAAUAGGUUUUAUCACUACAAAAUUGACGGUUGUUUUAAAAUAUGUUAUCUUUAUUCAUACUUAGAAUUAUUAAAUGGCCUAAUUGAGAGUAAUGACAUUUGCUAGCACUAGAAAAAGGAUCCUGCAGUUUUAACCUGAUAGUACAACACAAUAUAUCUGGUUCCUAAUGUGUAUUUUGUGAGAAAUGAGACAUUCAUUAAAAAAUGCUUUGCCAUAAAAAAUAUAAAAGAUGUUCCAGAAUUGAUGUCUAGGAACUUUAGUGCAUAUUCCAGGGAUCCCAAUAAGGCUUCAAUAAUAGAUACAAAUGUCUGAAAUACACAAAUGAGAGCUAAAGCGCUCUGAAAUUGGGCAAAAACUAUUCUUGCCAUUGCAUCCAAAAUUAUGAUUAUUUGCCAUGUACAGAUGAAAAAGAUUUGAUUUUAGUAGAAUUAUAAAUGCUGAUGUGUUUUGGAGGGGGAAUUCUUGGAACAAAAAAAUUCAAGUUCCUUUUAAAAUUUAUAGAGAGUACAGUCUUCAUUGUUCUCGUACAAAUUUUGGUAUGAGGCAUUGUUCUAUUAAGAGCAACAAGAAUUAAGUCUUUUGGAACGUAGCUUGAAUGUGACUUAUUCUUAAAUUCAAUAAACACCAUGUCAAAUUGUCAAGCUUUAACGCUUAGUCCAAUUAGAGUGUAAGGCUUGAGAGUUCGACCAUAGUAGAUUAUAAGUGACUGAACAACAUCUUGCAAUGGCAGUUUGUCUAAAGUUGUUCAGAAUAGCACGUGAUUUUACAUUUAACAGCUGUUGAAAGCCUUAACAGUUGAAAGUCUACAUUUAACAGCCAAUCAACCUCCUGCAUAGGCUCGUGUCUGCGGUUCUCUUAUAGAGGUCAUUUGUGUUUUAUAAUAAAAAUAAAAUUACAUUGCUUUUAUUUUAGCUUAAAAUAAUAAAAAAUAAUUUUCAGAUUAUUAAAACUUGUAUGUAUUAUUAUGCUCACAACUCUUGUAACCCGAUGAUGACUGUACCACUAACAGUUGAAAACGCGUAUAAGGUUACAUUAAUUCAUUCAGUACUGCAGUGAAAAUGACUUAAUUAGUGCAGUGAAUAGAAACCAGUUGUAUCUUCAAGCAUAUUAAACAGUUAGAGGUAGUCCUGGAAUUUCAAGCUAUGAUACCGAUGGAGAUCUCCUGAUUCUGAAAUUCAUGCAUUUUCCUUAGAAACUCCAUGGAGGCUCCAACAAUAUCUUCCCUCCAAUAAAAACAUCUUUCAUUACUGCCUGUUUUUAAGCAAUGUUUCUGAACUUUUGGAAGUACAUUUUUUCUUUAAAUUCUUUGUAAUUUUUAGGUUGAUUGACAUUGUCCUUGAUAAUGGUUAGAAGAAAUUAUACAUCUUUACAAAAUCAUCAAAGUCCAAACAAAACAAGAAACCCAAUUAAUAUUCAUUUAAAAUAAAUAUGAGUUUGAUAUCCAGGUUCUCAGGGGUAUGCGACCAGUAUCAUAAUUAUCAUUCAACAUUUUCUCACACUUCAUAGAAAUCGAUAACACAAUUAAAAAUACUGAAGAUUUUAUUUAUGUUAGAAGAGCCUAGACACUGAGUGAUUCGAAAAACUUGCCUAAUAGUCAUUAGUGUAACAUUAUGGUAAAUAGUUUUCCAGCAAGUUCAAAAUAUAAUGAUAACAAAAUGAUCUCUAUGUGAUGUUAAAACACAAAACCCCAAGGCUUUGAGCACUCUGGUUAUGUUCGCAUCACGUCCGAAUUGAUUGUUUUGAAUAGACAGUUGUCACCAGCUAUUCGAUAUGGCAACUGUACACUACUGCAUCAUUACUUAAUAUAUUAUUACUCAACUGAUUUAUUUCGUGUCAUUUGAUAUUCACAUAAUAGCGUUCAAAAUCGUAGGCAUUCCUACGACAGAGGCAUACUAUUAACGGCAGUUAUGGUCCAGGAGGGUGGAAAGACCUCCCAAAUUAUGUUGGAAAAUGCUGGUGUUCCGAUAGUUUUUUUUUUUUUUAAUGGAUGUAGCUGAUUUAGAAAGCUGCAACUCUUAAGGUAUGCAUUUCCAGUCAGCGCGGCUAAAGUUUUAUUCAACCCUUAGAAUUACUCUAAAACUCCUUUUGAUCAAUUCUGGAACUACCUAUAUACUCUUUUAUGCAGAGUAGACAUGCAUAGCUAAGGCAUUGAAACAGAGAUAUUAAUAAAGCAUUCGUAAUUUGUAACACAUCUUAUAACCGUCACUAAUCUUGAUUCUAGGAGACAAACUUAUUGGAGCCAAAGGCAUUCUGCCCAAUACCAUGUCUUCUGUCUAAAGUAUAUAUUUUCUAGAACCUUUGUUUUAUUUUUAGUGUGCAUCCUAGACUAAAAAUAAUUAACAGCUGAGCAGUCUGGUUUAGUUAGGUACAUACAAGGGCUUUAACACUUUAAAUGUAACAUACUAAGAAAAUGUCUUUAAUAGAAACUGAAUAUUCCAGUUCUGAGUUUAAUAUUAUGAAAAUACAAUUUUGUAUGUUUGAAAAUAUACACUUAGUCAGAUUGGCUUAAAAAUAAGUAAUACUCUUUACUUGCAUUUUAUAGAUAUUUACUACAAACAAAUUAUUUUAUAAUAAGCUAACAAGUUUCUGUAAAGUGUGUUGUUGUUACUAACAGUUUUCGUUUCACAGUAAAAUCAUAAUCUAAAGCACAUCGCUGUAUUACUACUGUUAGGUUUGCUUUAUAAUAAUUGCACUUAGUUUGUAGUAAACUGCAGUUUUAAGGAAUUACAAAUAUAACUCUUUUCAUUAAGUUUAUAAACUAAUUUUAAUUCAACUGUAAAAAUAACUAUCAAAGUAAAUAGAUUAAUCAAAAUAGUUUUAAUUCAGGAAAACGAAUUAAGUACUGAAUGUAUAAGAAAUAAAUUUGUGUACUGUUUAUAUUUAUUAAAAUUUACCAGGCAAGAACCAAUCUGUGCCAUAAACAGCAGAAAGAAGAAUUCUUUCAAGAUUUUGUUGAAACACUUGGACAGUGUAUGAAAAUGAAUUAAAUUCCAUGUUAUAUCUGAAAUACUUAGUGUUAAUUUUCUAUACUACAAAAUGUGCUAAAUAAAUUUUAAAUGGCCUCAGAUGUACUAUCUGUUUAUUUAAAGUAUUGGAUGUUGAUUGUUUGUGCACUUAGUGUAAAUUUAGGAUGUGAUCGUCCAGUUUUGUUUUGUCAUGUUUUUGCAUACUCAUAAGUAUGUUUAUAAAUAUUUUUCAAUAAAAUGUUGAUAUACA